UGAGUCUGCUUUCAGCGAGGAAACAAGAUGUCUGCUCCUUCGACACCGCGAGGAAGAAAGCGUUCUAGAGCAAGUCCACCACGUAUGUAUUUCACAAUGAUAUAGCUUGCUGAAAGCUUAAUGAUUCUAUUAUAAGAUUUUUGGUUUAUAUUUUCGCCAAUGCAAGUUUCAAUGCAAAAAUAUACCGAUCUAAUUUGCACACUUAGUUCGGUUCGAUGAUCGUAAUCAUAAAUUCUGCGAAAUUUUCCCAACACUUUUUGCACGCGGGUAUCGUUCAAAUAGUUCUAUACUAAUCAUCCGAGAGCGAGUUGGCUUGCAAACCGUUGAAUCUAAGGUUUAUAACAAGGGAGGUGGAAGAAACGACUGUAAAUAAGCUUAAUACAUUUUCGGUCGUAAAUAUUCGACUUAUUGUUCACUACCUGUACACUUUUGCAAAAACAUAGAAAAUUAAAGUGGAAUUGAAAUUGUACACUUGAUCAAAGACAUUGUCGGCUGGAAGAUGCCUUCUAAGAUUCAAACUAUGAGCCAACUUGUAUUUAAAAUGACCUGAGCUAUAAAUCCUUUAUAAGCCAGAUCUAAAACUUUUAAUAUAUUUAUAUCUCUUUAGCUUCUGAUGCAUCAAAUGCUAGUACUCGUAGUACUCGUAGCAGCCGUAGGGGCUCACGUGCUACAUCUCCAACAGCCCCUCCAGUGGCAUCCCCUCCUUCUCAGCGCCGUUGUGUAGAAGAGCCAUCCUCUCCGCUACCCUUAGCUCCUACAUCUCCAUCGGAAGGACAACAUGACCAGGAUCGCUCACAGUUCUCAUCACCUCAAACCAGAGGAGGGCUGGAAACUAGUGAAAUUGACUUGAGCUCACCUUUGAAUUAUGCUACGCCAAGCUCUAGGGCUGCUGGGACACCUCGUGGCAGCAUGUAUCCUUUUUCUUUUGCCACUGGAGAGUAAAAUGCUAAAUGUGUAGCAUUUGUCGUGAUAGCUAAAUUCUGGUCGGUCUAAGUGAAAUUUACAGUUUUCUGGGAAAGGAUUUGUCAUGAUUUCAAUUGCCAGGUAUAUGCGAUUAGAAGGUUGGGAUUUGAACUGCUAGGAAGUUUUUUUGGCUCUGUUUUCCCUUUGUUUCCCAUGACAGUAACCAGGGGAAAUUCCCAGCCCUCUCCCCUUAGUGGCAGCCCUGUGAACAGCCUGAGGUGUAUUUGAGAAUAAUGUCUUAGGUUAGUUUAUAGAUCUAGUUUCCAGAAAAGAUAUUGUUAUCUGUAGUUGAGGGCUUAAAAACUGUUGAGGCUGUCAAAACUUCUGCUAUGAUGUGUCUUAGGAAAAGUACUACUUCCCUUAACAAAGCAUAGUGCCGGCACUCCCAUUAGGCAUCGCAGUGACAUCCGCAGCGAUCGGCGCAUGCGUCAAGUAAAUCUUGGAGACAAUCAGCCGGUUAGUGUUGAACUUGUUGUUCAUCAGUUGAUGAAAUAGAUAAAGAGUUCUUUUUAACAGCAAUCUGAGCUGCCUCAAAGCAGAACUGAAGUCUAUCGCUACGAUCUUUGUUCCAAUGAACAGGGGAGUUACUGUUAUUGAAGAGUGUAAUCCAUGUAAUCGCCGCAUCACUGUAUGUUUUUUUUAACUAUCUCAGUGACUGCUACAAUCAUUGCCAUCAUAGGGAAAGGUUUCAAUAAAAAUAUCAAAGCAUGCAAUCUCCUUUUAGUGUCCAGACACAGCACAUAAUUCCAAAAUGCAUGGUGCAUAUUUUCUUCUCCUUUCAGGCUUCUGAUACCACAGACCAACCUACUGGACCAACAAGUGAUGCAGCUGCUGCAGCUCCUGCACUGGUCAUCUGGGGAACGGAUGUGGUUGUGAGUGAGACAAAAGAGAAGUUUAGAAAGUUUAUCUGUGAGUUUGUCGAUGAAGAAGCAGAGGACAUGGGUGAAGGCUUUGAUCCACUUCUGCCAGUUUACAUGCAGCGCCUUGAUGAGGCAAGUAGCAAAGUGCAUGAUGAGCUGAACUGGCCAGUCAUGUCAAAUUAUCACUAAAAGACAAGGCUGUUCUCUAAGUAAAAUUGCUGGGAGCCCAGUGCUCAGGGUGCCCAGUUUAUGAUUUCUAUGAAAAAAGCUAUGAUUUUCUAGUCACCCAGAAGCAAAAGUUAGGUGCCAUGGGCCACUGCCAGAGCACAGCCUUGAUAGAGCUGUGACGCUUAACAAUUUUGUGUCUAAUUUUUGUCAUGCAUAUUUUUCACACUUUUGUCAACCUUUUCUUGACUCUUGAAGUAACUUUACUGAUUGUUUCCUUGGUUUUCAUUACUUCUAUACAAUAAUGCAGUGUUAUCAUAAUUUAGGGGAACCCAUAAGAUUUUGGUCACUCUUUUAGGUUCAAAGGGUAGGUUCUGACUUUAAAGGUAAACCCUGUCACAGCUAGCCAUAAUGCAUCAACUAUUCAUGUAUGAAAGGUACUUUUUAAAAAAAGAAUGUUUUAAAUUCAAGCUGAACCUUGCAGUUGAAGUCACUGUUUAUAAUGAACUCUUGGCACAUUGAUUUACAGUGUAGAAGUCACUUAAGUUCAACCUCAAAGAAAGACAACACUAACUGAACUCCUUCACUUUCAGAUUCAUGUAUUGGAGACACCUUUCUUGAACAUUGACUGUGGCCACUUGAAGACAUUUGAUGCCGACUUGUACAGACAGCUUGUGUGUUAUCCACAAGAAGUGAUUCCUACGUUUGAUAUGGCUGUUAAUGAAGUAUUCUUUGAAAAGUACCCAGGUGCUCAGCUCCAACAUCAAAUCCAGGUGCUGUAAGGAACGUAUUUCACCUAUGAACAACACUCUGAUGUUUUUGGUCAUUUUUGAAAGUGCUUCAAAGUUACUGAAUUUUGUAUGUGACAUUUGAUUAUUAAACAAACACUGGUCUAAACAUUUUUUGACUAGUUGGCAUUUAUUUUUCAAGAUAUGUUGUUAAGAUGUGGUUGUUAAAGGUCCUUUUUGCAAAAUUAAAGCAGAAACAAAAUGAAACCAAUUAUAAAUUCCUUUUUUAGAGGUAAAACUUAGUUGGUUGGUUGUGCUGAAAAGGUUCCUUAAACAUUCAAUUGUAUUUUUUUUUGAUUUGGGAAAACAAGUUUUGUGGAUUAUUUCAUUUUAUUAAUUGAAAAUGAAUCUUGGGUCAUUUUAAACCAGUAUAAAGAGUGUAAUGUUAACUUGUGUUUUAAUUUUGCCUGGUGGUGUUUUUUAGGUCAGAACUUUCAAUGUAGACAAAACAAAGAACAUGAGAUCUCUAAACCCAGAAGGCAAGUUCGUUUUUUCUUUUUACAGAAGUUAUUGAUAAAAAAUUGCUAUUUAUUGGAGUAGUUUUACUAAAUUGAGCAGCACUUAGACUAUAUUUUGAUUGUCAGGAAUGUAGCUGUAUGGUAGCCACAUGGAGUUGAUCAUACUCAAACUUGGAAAAUCACAAAUUUCACAAAUGUUGAUUGUGUAGUGACCAAUCACAAUAGGACAAUCUGCAUGAUGAUGUCCUUUUACUAUAUCUACCAGACUCCUUGUUUUAUUGUGCAAACUAGGGCUAUUGUUUUUUAAACUUCACUUGAAUUGACCAAUUUAAAUAAGAAAGCAAGAACAAAAUGAAUUCUGGUUGUUGUAGUUAAAAGUUGUCUCCUUGAAGAUAGCCUUUUAAGUUCAGGAUACAUGAGAAAGCCUCAAAACUACAAACUAAUUACCGUUGCUGUGUUAGGGUUAGUUUCUCAAACCUUAUUGGCUUUUUCCUUACAACAAAAUAACAUUCUCUUUAAUGUUUCUGGUGUUCACGGUUUUGUGUGUUUCACUGUAAUUUUAUUACUCAUUAUGUUCAAUUUAAUUUUUAGACAUUGAUACUCUUAUUACAAUCAGCGGAAUGGUGAUCCGAACAUCUCAAGUCAUACCAGAGAUGAGGGAAGGUUAGGAUUAUAAUGCUGUGAGCUUUCUAAUUCAUAAUUGGAGCCUUGUGAAAACGUGUUUGGUUAAGUAAUUUCUUGAUGUUAUUAGGCAGUUCUUUAAAACGUCCUAUAUCCCUAGAUCUCUUUACACAAAUUGUCCAUAUUGACAGAAGUAAGGCCAUUCUCUUGGUCAUUUGUCUGAUGUUUUCCAUCCAGCUAAUCAUGUGAGUUGUCCUAGAGAUCUAGUGGCCCAUUUUUCUAAUGGUGUGCAUGAUUAUGUUUUUCUUUCAAUAUUAUUUUGUUUUCCAUUAUUAAUAGUUGCAACAUGACACCACACUGAAAAGCUGCCUCUUUUCCUGUUUCAUUAAAAGUGAUAAAAUUUCUGUUUUUUUUUUUGGUUUUAGCAUUCUUCCAAUGCUAUGUCUGCCAUGCUUCAGUGACUGUAGAAAUCGAUCGUGGUCGCAUUUCUGAGCCUGCCCUGUGCCGUAACUGCAACACAAAUCACAGUAUGGUGUUGAUUCACAACAGAUCGCAGUACACAGACAAACAAAUCACCAAGCUGCAGGAAUCUCCAGGUUGCCUAUCAUUGUUAGCAUUUUCAUAUGAAUUUUAUGUCCAGUUUGCCUUGAUGGCUGGAGAACAUUUCUUUGAAUCUAAUUUUGUAUUUUCUUGUUUUCUUUAGAUGAUAUGCCUCCUGGUCAGACUCCACACACAAUCAUGCUUUUUUCACACAAUGAUUUGGUGGAUGCAGUGCAACCUGGAGACAGGUACGUACUCUUCUUAAUAAUUUUGCUUGAAAGUAGACUACAUACCGUGUGACACGAAAUUUUUGUGGGCUCUAAUUUUGGCAAUUUUUCCAGCAAUCCGUAAAAAUAAGUUCCUGCAGAUAAAAAUUACCACAAACAUUUUUCCUGCGAAAAUUUACUCCAGAGUAAAUAUCGUCUAACUUAAAUUCGCUACUGGGAACACAUUACUAAGAAAUCAUGUCUGUUCAAUUACAACUUGUCUCUAUCAUUCAGAAACAAAAUGGUAUACACUGAAUACUGGUUUUACAUAGGAUGCUCACACUGUAGUAUUGUUUGAAAAUUUGUAUUUCCAUUGCACAUACUCAAUAAAAACAAAUAUCUUCAAUGUGUUGGGGCCAGGACUUUCUGAAAAUCGCAAAAAUUAACUCCCAGUAAGGAAAACCAGUCUGUGCUAAUUACAGAAAUUAGUUCCUGCAAAACACCCAAAAUCGCUAAUCCGCAAAAAUAAACUCCUGCAAAAAUUCCUAGCCACAUGGUACUCGGUCAAUUACUGUUCCAAUUUUUGUUGAUUCUUCAUUGAAGCUGUUUCCCUCUUUUUAGAGUGACGGUGACAGGAAUUUAUAGAGCCACACCCAUGCGUGUAAACCCACGACAGCGGAAUGUGAAGGCUGUGUACAAGACAUACAUUGAUGUUAUUCAUUUCAAGAAGACAGACAAGAAAAGGCUUUAUUCCAAAGAUCCUGAUGGGUAUGAAAUGGAGAUAGAGUGGAACCCCAUUUAAAUGAUCACCAUUGAGUUAUAAAAUCAGGGUCAAAAUAACGAGGUGGUCUUGUCUUCCAGGUCAUAAAAAUGAUAUAAUGACUCGGUGUUUUUUGUGUUUGGAUCAAAAGAAUAUGGUUUCAAUAACAAGGUGGUUUUAUAAAUGGGGUGGCCACAAGCCAGCAUUCCACUGUAGCUGAUAAUCCUGCUACUUCAAUACUAAUUCCAUACCCAUUCCAUUACUCAAGAAAAUUUCCCUCAAGACAAUAAAAAAUUGAUUGCAUGUAUAGGAUGGUGAGGAGUUUGAGUUACAAACUGAACUGUCUUUGACCAUACUUAAUGUUAUCUUUCAUUUUAUUUCAGUGUUGUGACAUUUACUCAGGAAAGAGUUGAGCAACUGCAGCAGCUGGCAAAACAACCUGAUAUUUAUGAAAGACUUGCCAAAGCUCUGGGUAAGUAAAACAAGGAUGAAAUCUGUCUACAAUCAAAGUUUUCAAGAAAAUACAUUUAUUUCACAGAAACAAGAUAAAACUUUUUCUCUCAAUGUUUCUCAAACAUUUUGCUUUGCUUUGAAUUUUUAUGAAUCAGUCAUGAAUUUUAGCCAUGCAGUGACUGUCAUCUUGCACUUUUUGUAGCCCCAAGCAUUUAUGAAAAUGAAGAUAUUAAAAAAGGAAUCCUUUGUCAGCUAUUUGGAGGAGCAAACAAGGACUUUUCUGACACUGGGAGAGGAAAGUUUAGGUCAGUAGUUAAUAAGAUGUGUACACAAAUUAUUUCUCUGUCUCCUGAUGUUGAAAAAAAACUUUGUGAAAGUUGCUUGUUUUGUUUCUGAUGUCAGUCCAUGUUCUCAUUUUAGGUCAGAAAUAAACAUUCUUCUUUGUGGUGAUCCUGGCACAAGCAAAUCACAGUUACUCCAGGUAUUCAGGGGUGUAGUCUAGGAAUGCCUCUUGCCUGUGUUGCCUUACUUUUGCUCUUGGGUGUUAGAAAAUUGUAAUGUUUUUGCAAAAAUCAUUCUUGGCCACCUGGAUUGGACUGGGAUGACAUCCUAAAAUUCACCCCAGUCACCCUAGUCAUUUAAUCCACCCUAAAUCAUGAGUUGGCCACCUGGAUUCCAAUCAUCCUUGGGAUGACAGCCUAAUCAUCCCAGUUGUUCCCGUCAUCCCAGUCACCCUAUUCAUCCCAAUAAGUCAAGUCAUUCCAGUCAUCCCAGUCAUUCCAGUCACCCUAGUCAUUCCAGUCAUCUCAGUCAUCCCAGUCACCCUUGUCUUUCCAGUCAUUCCAGUCACCCUAGGCAUCCCAUUCAUCACACUUAUCCCUGUCUUCCCAGGCAUUUCAGUCAUUCCAGUCAUCGGAGUGGAACAAUCUGGUAUGAAAUGAUCUGACUGUGGAAGGAGGUGACCUUGAACCUCUGACUGACUGACUUAAGAUUUCAUUAAGGCUCAUUGAUUUAGGCUAUCUUCAGUUUUUCGUAAAGCACAUCCUUGGAAUUGCAGUGAUAAUUUAGCUUUAUUUCUAACAAAUGCCUCUUAGUAUUUGCUUGUGGACUUAAAUUUAAGAGCUUCAGAUGAUAAACAGUCUGUUCCAACAAAGCAUCUGUUUGAUUGUUGUUGUUUUUUUUAGUAUGUGCAUAACCUUGUACCACGUGGACAGUACACCUCUGGCAAAGGUUCCUCUGCCGUGGGUCUGACUGCUUAUGUCACCAGAGACCCAGAGACUAGACAACUGGUGUUGCAGACGUGAGUCCUUUGUUUCCAAACACCCUUAAAUUAUACUUAUUCAAUCAUAGUGGUGACAAAUGGUAGCCAGAAAUUUAUGGGUCUCUUUAUAGAGCUUCUCUGGAGAGUGUGUUUCUCACCGUCUCCAAAUCUUAAUUAUUUUCCCUGCAUUUCUUUAAAGAAAUGCCCUGGUUUGUUGGCAAGUCUCUGAUUCUACCAUUUGCUGUCCCUAAUUAUUACAAUUUUAUUGUUCAGACCUUGAAUAACUCCCAGACAUCUUUACCUGGUUUCUGAAUGUUUUUUCUUCUUUCCCAACAGUGGUGCACUUGUUUUGAGUGACAAUGGUAUCUGCUGCAUUGAUGAGUUUGACAAGAUGAAUGACAGCACCAGAGCAGUUCUUCAUGAGGUCAUGGUAAGUAUUUUCAUAAUGGCAAUCAGCUGUAUUUUAUGUGAAGCAACAGAAAGCACAGUAAACCCCGUUAAUACGGUCACUGAGGGGGCCACAGAAAGUGUCUAUAAUAACAAGGUGUCCGUAAAAUACACAUUAUAGAAGAACAACAUUCUACAGAAAUAAAAAAGGUUAUUAGAAAAUUAGUGUGAAAAAUUCCCAGACUAAUUGAAUUCAAAGUAUCUUUUUAUUUUCCAUAUGAUCCUGUUUAACUGAAGAUUUGUUAUUUUUUUACUUUCUUCAAAGGAACAACAAACAUUGUCAAUAGCCAAGGCUGGCAUCAUCUGCCAGUUGAAUGCAAGAACAUCAAUCCUGGCAGCUGCAAAUCCUGUGAAAUCACAGUGGGAUCCUAAAAUGACAACUGUAGAAAACAUCCAGUUACCCCAUACCCUGCUUUCUAGGUAAGUGUGGUGAAUUAAAAUUCAUUUUAUGAUACAUUAAAACCUUCAUGUGUGACCACCUUUCAUAAUCGACUACCUGCCAUAAGCGACCAUCUAUCCAAAGCACUAAAAUUUUUCCAGUCAAAGCCCUUUUGUUGUACCCUCUGGUAAGCGACCACAACCACAGUGUUGGUUGAUGGUUCCAUAAUUUUCCAUUGUUUUUCGCCUGUUGUAGGCGACUACUUCACCCAAAGUCUGAUCUCUAUUUUCGCAGUGUGUACUAUGCUACUAAGAGUGUGCGAAGAGCUUUAAGUGGCAACAUUGAUCUAUACAUAUCAUAACUUGGGAUUUACAUAUAAUAAAUUCUUUACCCAAAAGUAGUUUUCUCAGGUACGUCUUCUUAAAAGACAUUCGUGUAGUUUAAAUCUCACAAGUGACUAUCUCCUGCAGUUGAACACUAAAUCUUGGCUUUUCGGGUUGUUGCUUUCGCAAGGUUCAAUUGUGUAUCGUGCGCGGUUAAACUUCUUACUGAGUGACUUAUGUUGCAUGUUUCUCUUUCCAGCCUUGACCUACAAUGGUGCAUAAUGAACUGUGAAAUCCAAUCCUGUAUAUACAGUAACUAUAUUCUAAUGUUGUGUUCUGAUGUUUAUUCUCUCAGAUUUGAUCUGAUCUUUUUGAUGCUUGAUCCUCAAGAUGAAUUUUAUGAUCGCCGACUAGCCACUCAUUUGGUGUCCCUGUACCAUCAGACACAAGAGGAGGAAGAAGAGGAAUUUCUGGUGAGCAAAACAAGAUUUUUUUCUACUUCUCUGAGGUUGUGUUUUGCAGCAUCUGGGGUACCGUAAAAUUCCGAAAAUAAGCCCUGGGGCAUAUAUUCUUCAAAGGCCCUUUUUGAGGGGCUUAAACUUGGAGGGGCUUAUAUUCGGAGGGGCUUUUCUACCGAAGAAAGUUUGCAUUUUGAAUCGAUUGGGCUAGCCUUAUAGUUGGAAGUAAAUUUACCAUUUUUGCUUUGUUUUACUUUGUAUUUGAGGGCAAUUUUCCAAAAAGCCCCCUAGGGGGCUUAUAUUUGGAGGGGCGAUUUAAUGGUGGGUUUUUUGCGUUACCAGUUUGGGGGGCUUAUAUUUGGAGAGGCUUAUUUUCGGAAUUUUACGGUAUUUCAUGUUGGAACUAAACAUGUGUCAUUGCAUAACACAGAAAGGUUCCAGUAACACAGCACCAAACUUUCAUUUUCCUGCUUCCAUUCACUAAACCAUGAUUAAUAUUUUUAUUUCAGGACAUGAAUAUUUUGAAAGACUACAUUGCUUAUGCACGGUCGUAUGUGAAUCCAAAGCUGAGCGAAGAAGCAGCUCAAUAUCUCAUCCAAGCUUAUGUUGGUAAGAUACACAGCCUUGCAGUGUCCCAUGAAGACUUUGGAACUGUUUUCAUGCAUGUUCUUUUCUUGUGAAUAAUGAUGGGAAACUGCUACCAAAUAUAUGCAAAGUGCACAUUACAAACUUUGUACCAGCCACUGUGGUUAAUUUCAGCUGCCUGUUGGCAAUGGACCACUGUAGCAUCAGCUUUUAAAUCACUUUGUGGAGGCCAAUUUACUAUAUCAACUCUGGUGAUAAAAAACUUUUUUUGUUUCACUCCCCAGUGAACAAUGAGUUAGAGUAUUUGUAAGGAACUGAACCAUUUAUUCCUCUCCAAACACUCCCACUUAUUUUAUAGAUGCCCCAUAGUUAGUAAAGACAGCUUAUUAAGAGUCAUGUAGAACAGGCUCUUUCCUAGUAUCCGUUGCAGCCGUUUUUUGGAUGUCACGCAACGGAGCGUUGCAUGACAUCCAAAAAACGGCUGCAAGGGAGACUAGCUCUUUCCCUUCUUUAUCCAUGUUUUAUGUGUAACUGACUUCACUGUGCAGUCGAGCCACUACUAAUGGCCAGGGGCCGGUUUCUCGAAAGUCCCGUUAACUUUACGGGCCCGAAAUCAAAUAUUCAAAUCGAAAUAUAAAGAAUAAGAGCGCGGGUCCUGGCUAGCAAACUACUCCAUUUUGUUUCAUUAACUGACAGUUUUAUCGUGUUAGAUGCAAAACUAUUGAAACCUCGGUCUUUAAUGUAAACGGAGACAGCUUACCGGGCCCGUUAAUUAUCGGGACUUUUGAGAAACGGGCCCCAGCUCUCAACAACGGCCACCUCUCUACAACGGCCAAUUCUUUUGACAGACAGUCCAUUCAUUCACUCUUGUUUCAACCUCUCUGCAACCGUUGCCUCUCUACAACGGCCACUUUCUUCUGUCCCCAAGGUGGCCAUUGUAGAGAGGUUGAACUGUAUAAGUUUUGAAACCCUGAAUGUCAACAAUUCUCCUGGAAUUUAACAGGGCCAUGUCACAAGGAUAUCGCUGUUUAGGUCAAUUCUGGGCUGAAGUCAUUACUUAGUGCCUUGACCCAUACACAAAAUGUUCCUGUAGAGUUAUAAAGAAAAUAUGAAACAAAUUUCAUCAAGGAGCACUAACCAUAAUAAUUUCUUCCGUGAUUUUUACUGGCAUAGCAUAAAAACUUGACAAAGUUGACCUAGCCUUUCAAGUUUCAAAUCCAUGUCCAUCCUUGUCAUCCAUAGCAAUACAUGACAGGAAACAGUUUCAUUGCCUAAAUAUGGUCUUAAAUAACUAAAGUGUACCAUUAUUUUGAAGGGAUUUUGAAAUUCAAUUUGUGACAUAUUUCCUUUAACUGUAACUGUUGUUGGAAAACAGUAGCUAGAAAAUUUCCAAUACUGUUUAUUUCCUUUGACAGAAAUGCGUCAGGUUGGCAGCAGCCGUGGUGCAGUCACUGCUUAUCCUCGUCAGCUUGAGUCUCUGAUCCGCCUGGCGGAAGCUCAUGCCAGGAUGAGGCUGUCAUCAAAAGUUGAAAAUGUGGAUGUGGAGGAAGCUAGAAGGUAAAGGCUGCAAAGAAAGUCAGCCAUUCGGGCAAGCUGUGUUAGCACGCUCAUUCUCAAGUUCAAAACAAAUUUUUGAUGAGCAGGAUAACAGUUCUUCUGUAAUUUGAAUUUUCCGAAAAACUUCCCUUACCCGUCAGGCAAGUUAAGAACCGAAUUGAGUCAAUUAUCUAGCCCAAUAACAAAAUCCACUAACCUCACGGUAUCGGACACGCCUUUCUUUGCACACUGAUCUGUAUAAUUUCAAGUCCCAGGAAAAAAGGAUUUUAAGUCCAAGCAUUAGUGAAGGUCUGUCUCCAUACCCAUCUCAUAGUCCCUGCAGGUUUUAAAUAAAAGGUUCUGAAACGUCUAAUAAAACCUAUACAAAUUGCCUCUCUAUGCUGACGUGUUGGAUGGUUCUCAUAGAGACUGCUCUAACUUACAAGACCAGGGUAACAACUUGAGUAGAGCACUAAAGUUUACAUAUUCACUUUGAAACUCUGAAAACUGUAAAUAUAAAAAUAUUAUUGGAGUAAGUUGUGUUGCAAGGAAGAGCUACCGAAUGGGGCAUAAGAAAACUAAACCGCAAGUGACGGUGGUUGUUAGUUUCAAUUAGUUUCUGGUUUGUGACUUUCUAGCAUGUUCUUUGAUCUUUCCUCUUCACGGUUUUCUGAAUUUGACAUUAAUUUAGCGAAGGCCAAUUUCAAGCUGUCAACGAAAUACGUUCAUUGAAAAGUAAGGAAAAAAGGAAAUGUAAAUGUUGAUGCAUAACACGUUUUUGUGUUAGCUCCGUUUCUUCCGUUAACUCCUGAAUAAUGAUUCGGUUCUAUUCUUGCCUGCAGACUUCACAGAGAAGCUCUGAAACAAUCAGCCACAGACCCCAAAACAGGACUGAUAGACAUCAAUAUCCUAACAACUGGCUUGAGCGUGUCAGACAGAAAACGUCGGCAUGAAAUUGCCAAGGCUCUGAAGGAACUGUUACUGAGCAAAGGCAAAACACCCAGCGUCAAGUACCAACAAACUUAUGAAGAACUUCGAGAAGGUUCUGAUCUGGUAAGUGAAACUUCUCAGCUGCAUUCAAAGUUUGAGUUUAAAAAAUCUCUUACUCAGACUUUCACGCUCACAUUUCGAUUCAAACACUGGUUACCCUGCGAAAUGACAUCUUAUUGGUUGAAGCAAAUUUCCCACGCGGCACGGACCAAUCAGAAGCACUUCCUAGAUGUGGUAAGUGACAGGCCAUCGGUAUGGAGUUUCUACAGCCGUCGUCAUUUCGCGGGCAACCAGUGGUAGCGUCAUGAGAUGUCGGCUGUUUUCCCAGGCUAGCUUCGAACAUCUCUGUGGACUGUUUACUUUCCAAAAAAAACCUGCUCACCACGUGACCACGAUGAACACCAGGGGCUCACACUGAUCGCAGCAUUUUUCCAAGGAAAAGUGUUCAAACUAAUCCUCUGACAACUUGGUGUGGUAACAGUAGUCACCUCCAUCUAAAUAAAGGCCACAGCAUUGUUGUUGAGUCUACUUACACACAGCUCAGUGAAGCACUGCCAUUAUUUAUUUGGCAAGAAUUUAAAAAAUUGCUGUGCAAUUAUUAGUAAUUCAGUGCAAAACGUAUAGAAACUUCAUCGUUUGGUUCGUAAACAGAUACAUCUAUUAAUCAUUCCCUAAUCCUUUUCAAUUUAUUUCAGCCCAUUUCCCGCGAACAGUUUGAAGAUGCUCUCAAGAUACUGCGAGAUGAAGACUUCUUGAUUGUGACUGGAAGGACAUCCAUUCGUCUGAUGUAACCAUGCCCUGAAGAUUUACUUCGUUGAGAAUAAUGCAAUUGUAAAAAGUUUAUGCGCAUCAUGUAUCUUGACCAGCCCUGUAAAAGCUUCCCAACCGCGUUUCGCUUAGGUCUUGCAUUUGGUUAAACGUGCACCCCCUUGGUCUUUUCAAAGAUUGGGGCUUCACUUUUGGAGUUACACUAGCAAAGGAAAACCAAGCGUUUUCUGCUGUGUAUGUUGUAUAUUGCGGUUAGUCCUUGGGAUAAGUUUACGUAACCUUACUGAACUACUAAAUUGCACGGGUGCUUGAGAUUGUUAAUUAGUUGUCUGUUGUCAGUUUGCUUUAACCAGGGAAAAGUUGUGGAAAUUUUGCCAAGACCUCACUUCUUCCCUUGAAAAAUAAAGCCCAUUUUUAUAAC